GCUAGUCUCUUAGGGUUUAUUAUAUUUAGGGAGCAUGUCGAGUAUUUUCUUUUAGAUUCAUUAAAAAUGCAAAUCUUUUAUCUUUCUUUGUCUGAGGUUUUUUCUCCAGUUCAGAAGGAGGGACAAAUUUAGCAAUAAAGGAAACGAAGGGGUGUGUUCACACAUACAGUACAUCGUCAGCACGUCUUACUCACACUCUCUUUCUCUCUCGCUCUUUUAUUUAGUCGUAGUUUGGUUGCUGGACAUGAGGGUCGAGAAGGCACAUUUGGUUGCUGGACUUGAGGGUCGAGAAAGCACAAGAGAGAGAGAGAGAAGCUUUCCAGCGUUGAUAUCCCUCCAAAUGGCUUCUCCACUUCAUCUGGUCUUUCUGUUCAUGAUCUCAGGAGCUCUUGGGAAUAAAUGGAGUGUGACAUACAGUCAGUUAAAUCACUGUGCUUUAAAUGGAUCUACAGUGUUUAUGAACGUCACGUACACACACCCAACACAUCUUACAGUGACGAACGGCUUUUGGGUAAUAAACCCAAUUGACUGGAUAGAGCCGACUGAUCUGCGUAAUGAACCAGGUUACUCAGGCAGAGUGGAGUAUUUAGGAGAGGAACAGAAACACUUCUCCCUCAGACUGAGUGACGUGAAGAAAACAGAUGAACUCAAGUACUUUGUCAGAAUCAUAACAAAUGAAGAAAAAGAAAGAUGGCUGGGUCAUCCUGGAGUCAUACUCACUGUUACACAUCUUCAGGUGAUCGCUCCUGCAGAAGUGACAGAGGGACAAUCAGUCGUUCUGACCUGUAAAACCACCUGCAGUCUGACUGAUCCAACAUUCAUCUGGUACAAAAACAGACGUGAUUUAACCACAAACACCCCCAAGAGCAAUGAACUCCACCUGCAGCCGGUCAGCAGUGAGGAUGCAGGCAGUUAUAGCUGUGCUGUAAGAGGAUAUGAACAUCUCCCCUCUCCUGAUCAAACCCUCAGAGUCAGAUAUCCUCCAAAGAACGUCUCAGUGUCCAUCAGCUCCUCUGGUGAAGUAGUGGAGGGCAGUUCAGUGACUCUGACCUGCAGCAGUGAUGCUAACCCACCUGUGAAGAUCUACACCUGGUUUAAGGGGACGACAUCAGUAGGAAAAGAAAAGACCUACACCAUCUCCAAGAUCAGAUCUGAGGACAGUGGAGAGUACAAGUGCAAGUGCAGUAAUGAAGUCGGACAUCAGUACUCCAUCAGUGUAACUCUGAAUGUUCUGUAUCCUCCAAAGAACGUCUCAGUGUCCAUCAGCUCCUAUGGUGAAAUAGUGGAGGGCAGUUCAGUGACUCUGACCUGCAGCAGUGAUGCUAACCCACCUGUGGAGAACUACACCUGGUUUAAGGGGACAACAUCAGUAGGAAAAGAAAAGACCUACAACAUCUCCAAGAUCAGAUCUGAGGACAGUGGAGAGUACAAGUGCAACUGCAGUAAUGAAGUCGGACAUCAGGACUCCAUCAGUGUAACUCUGAAUGUUCUGUAUCCUCCAAAGAACGUCUCAGUGUCCAUCAGCUCCUCUGGUGAAAUAGUGGAGGGCAGUUCAGUGACUCUGACCUGCAGCAGUGAUGCUAACCCACCUGUGGAGAUCUACACCUGGUUUAAGGUGAAUGAAUCAUCACCUGUAGGAUCUGGACAGAGUUACGGAGCACUACAGAGUGGACAGUACUACUGCGAGGCUCAGAAUCAACACGGCUCUGAGAGAUCAGCUGCAGUGUCCGUCACUUUAAACAGGUUUCAGAGCUUAGGUGUGUACGCAGGUGUUGGGGCUGUUGUGUUUGUGUGUGUUUGUCUCGUCAUCACCUUCCUGUUUAUCAGAAGCAGGAGACAGAAGAAAAAGGCAGAUGAAGGUGACUCUCAGAACGUCGGGCCGAGCGCUAAAGACGACACGUACGCAGCUCUCGACCUCGCGGGCCGGACAUCUGAUGAUGUGUAUCACACACUUGCAAUUUCUCAUCCCAGGCCUCCUGCUGACACGCCCACUUCCUCUGACUUGUCGAGUGUGUUCGUCUUCAAAUAUCUUCUCACGCGACACACUCACAGUCUUGUUCACAAAGAUCUGCCCCCAGGAUGUACGGCGGCCGCCAGAAAAUGCAAAUCUUUUAUCUUUCUUUGUCUGUGUUUUUUUCUCCAGUUCAGAAGGAGGGACAAAUUUAGCAAUAAAGAGGAAACGAAGGGGUGUGUUCACACAUACAGUACAUCGUCAGCACGUCUUACUCACACUCUCUUUCUCUCACGCUUUCAUUUAGUCGUAGUUUGGUUGCUGGACAUGAGGGUCGAGAAGGCACCAAUCUUUCCAGUAAUGAUGUUCCUCAAAAUGGCUUCUCCACUUCAUCUGGUCUUUCUGUUCAUGAUCUCAGGAGCUCUUGGGAAUGAAUGGAAAGUGACAUACAUCAAAACAAAACUCUGUGCUUUAAAAGGAUCUACAGUGUUUAUGAACGUCACGUACACACACCCAACACGUCUUACAGUGAAGAACAGGUUUUGGUUAAUAAACUCAGUUCAGGGUAAAGAACCGACUGAUCUGCGUAAUGAUUCAGGUUACUCAGGCAGAGUGGAGUAUUCAGGAGAUGAACAGAAACACUUCUCCCUCAGACUGAGUGACGUGAAGAAAACAGAUGAACAGAAGUACUGGUUCAGAAUCAUAACAAAUGAAGAAAAAGAAAGAUACCAGGGUGAACCUGGAGUUACGCUCACUGUUACAGAUCUUCAGGUGAUCGCUCCUGCAGAAGUGACAGAGGGACAAUCAGCCAUUCUGACCUGUAAAACCACCUGCAGUCUGACUGAUCCAACAUUCAUCUGGUACAAAAACAGACGUGAUUUAACCACAAACACCCCCAAGAGCAAUGAACUCCACCUGCAGCCGGUCAGCAGUGAGGAUGCAGGCAGUUAUAGCUGUGCUGUAAGAGGAUAUGAACAUCUCCCCUCUCCUGCUCAAACCCUCAGAGUCAGAUAUCCUCCAAAGAACGUCUCAGUGUCCAUCAGCUCCUCUGGUGAAAUAGUGGAGGGCAGUUCAGUGACUCUGACCUGCAGCAGUGAUGCUAACCCACCAGUGGAGAACUACACCUGGUUUAAGGGGACGACAUCAGUAGGAAAAGAAAAGACCUACACCAUCUCCAAGAUCAGAUCUGAGGACAGUGGAGAGUACAAGUGCAAGUGCAGUAAUGAAGUCGGACAUCAGGACUCCAUCAGUGUAACUCUGAAUGUUCUGUAUCCUCCAAAGAACGUCUCAGUGUCCAUCAGCUCCUCUGGUGAAAAAGUGGCGGGCAGUUCAGUGACUCUGACCUGCAGCAGUGAUGCUAACCCACCUGUGGAGAACUACACCUGGUUUAAGGUGAAUGAAUCAUCACCUGUAGGAUCUGGACAGAGUUACGGAGCACUACAGAGUGGACAGUACUACUGCGAGGCUCCGAAUCAACACGGCUCUGAGAGAUCAGCUGCAGUGUCCGUCACUUUAAACAGGUUUCAGAGCUUAGGUGUGUACGCAACUGUUGGGGCUGUUGUGUUUGGGUGUGUUUGUCUCAUCAUCACCUUCCUGUUUAUCAGAAGCAGGAGACAGAAGAAAAAGGCAGAUGACGGUGACUAUCAGCAGAACCUGCUCACGUUCUCCACCCCUCCUCUCCGCAGAACGUCGGGCCGAGCGCUAAAGACGACACGUACGCAGCUCUCGACCUCGCGGGCCGGACAUCUGAUGAUGUGUAUCACACACUUGCAAUUUCUCAUCCCAGUCCUCCUGCUGACACGCCCACUUCCUCUGACUAAAGAGCAGAACAUGAUGAAUGAAAUGAGUCCUGAAACAGCUGAUGAAUAGAGAGAGCUCCUCACUGAAGUGGAGAAACUGAAUCGCUCCUUUACACCAGCGACAUCAGCAUCUUACAGCCAUUUAAAGCAGCUUUAAUCAUUUUAUAGCAGUGUGUGAAGUACUUUUUCUACUGCCAGAAGGUUAGGACUGUUCCAGUCAGCUGUAGAGUUUUCACUCAUUAGUUAUCGCUUCUUUAUUGUGAAUAUUGUAACUGAAUAAAGGGAUUGAAGCUCAACUGAAGUCCAGAAUGUAAAUAUAUUUAGCAGAGAAUGUGUAUUUAGUGAGAAAUAAAACUAAUUAUGUUUUAACUUUCUCAGAACUGUACGCUGUAGGUCAGUGUUAUAGAUUUAAGCAGCUAAUGUGUCAGUGCUGAUUGAUCUAAAGUAAUUACUGCUAUAAACUCAUUUAAAGUAGUGAAGUGAUGUUUUAUUUACUGUUGAUGGUGUGAGUGGCCAUGUUGGUCUGAUGUCAUGUACUGAACUCGGGGGUGAGGAGACCUUCCUGACCUUCUGAGUAGGAAUUCUGAGUUGAGGGGCCGUUUUCUUUGGUUGUUUUACGAGUUAUGAGCUUUAUUCAAACACAGCAUGAGCUCCUGAUUGUCAGCCAGUGAUCCUGGAAUAGACUCCUGAUUCACUGUGACUCUGACCAGGAUAAAGCUCUUGUAUAUAUCGCAGUAGAGCUACUUUAACUAGCCAAAGCUGUUCAUAUACAUCCUUGUUUCAUUUUGUCUCACUCCAAAUAAAAAGAUAAAACAUAUUAUUCCACUUUUUAUGUGAACUGUUCAUGUCGCUGUUCAAGUCAAAUAUCAUAACAGUACUGUUACUUCCCAAAAUAAUCUACUCUGAGUAGAGUAAAAAUACUCCUGCUGCUCCUCCUACUAAUUUUACAAAGUAAAAUAAACGUUAAUAAGCAAUAAACA